AUGAAGUUCUUACAACUUCAAUCAAACGUAAAACCAUCAUCCUUACUUACCCCUUCACUCAUUUGCAAAAUCUUAAAAAUCCCUGACUCUGGUAUUCAUAUUUUUGACAAAGAAUGGGUCUCUAAUUAUACCACUGAACUUGAUCAAGUCCUACUUGAACUCUACAUUAAUGUUGAAAAGUUUCUAGUAUCGUCCAACCUCAAAACCAUUCCUCGUAUCCUUCACAAAAUGAUUGUCCAUAACAUUGUUCCACGUGCUGGUAGCCAUGAAAAAAAACACAUUGCUGACAUCACUCCUAGUGAAACCUCAAACACUCUUACUAACCUCAUACCUGCUGUACCCGAAAAUAUUCAUGAUCAAACUCCUAUCUUAAACUAUUCUCUCCCUGAGAAUUCCACUCAAGCUGAAGGUGAUCUUUUCGUCCCUCAAAAUGUGGUACCUGUAUCCACUGAAAUACUUAGCUUUAAUACCUUUCCUAUUGACAAUCCUCAAAUAGAACAAACCUUUUCUCACUCACCCAUGUUUGACUCCUCCACAAUGCAAUCCCACUUCUCACCACAUGUACCAAACUUAGACCUUAACUUGGUCUCCACUCAACAAACAACACCUCUCGAUGAAAACUUGGACUUCUCUUCAAUGUCCUCCACCUCUCAAACUGUGACUAUCUCUAGUGGGUUUGAUCCAAACAUUGAAACUUUGUACUCUUCUUCCCACUAA